AUAUCAUCACCCAUAGCCAAAAAAAAAAAAUCUCUUCUUAUUCCGAACCUUUUCUUUUUCCUUCUCCAUCACCGGACCUCAGGCGGUUCUUCUUCUGGUCUUCGGGCACAGAUCGCCUUUCUUGGGUAAACACAAAGGUGGGACAGAUCAGCAGUCUUCUUCUCCUCCUCACAGCAGCCACACAGUCAUUUGUUGCUCCGUCUCCGGUUGGUAUCACAGAACUCAGAGGUUCUUUUGUUAAUCACCAAUGGCUGGCACCAAAGCUCUGCUGUUUGUCCUUUACUAUUUUCUUUUAGUUGCAUGCAAUGCACAAGAUCUCCAGAGUUGCGAGUUUGAUGCCUUGUAUCAGUUAGGAGAUUCUAUGUCGGACACUGGAAAUCUCAUUCGAGAGGAUCCUUCUGUUGUGUUUGCCCGCCUUCCAUACGGCCAAACCUUCUUCCAUAAACCAACCGGUAGAUGUUCCGAUGGCUUGCUUAUGAUCGAUUUCUUUGCAAAAUCAGCUGGAAUUCCUUUUCUGGACCCCUACUUAAACAAAGAUGGAACGUUCACUCAGGGAGUGAAUUUCGCAGUUGCUGGUGCUACGGCCUUGCCUUCAGGUGUGCUGGCCAAAAAGGGGAUUGUAAACCUAACCACCAUAUCUUCCCUCAGCAGACAGCUUGAGUGGAUGUCCGCUCAUUUCAAUACCACUUAUUCCUCUCCCCAAGAAUGUUCUGAAAAGCUCAAGAAAUCCCUUUUCAUGGUUGGGGAGAUUGGAGGGAAUGACUAUAACUAUCCCUUCUUUCAAGGCAAAACCUUUGAGGAGGCCAAGGCCUUAAUGCCUGAGGUUAUCCAGGCUAUCAAAGAUGCUGUUACUAGGGUCAUUGGUUAUGGUGCUACUCGAGUAAUUGUCCCCGGAAACUUUCCAAUAGGUUGUCUUCCGAGCUACCUUACAGUUUUUCAGACCAACGAUACUUCUGCAUACGACAAAUACCAUUGCCUGAAGUACUUGAAUGAAUUCUCAAUGGAUCACAAUAAAUACCUUCAACAAGCCAUUGAACAACUUAGAGCAGAACACCCAACUGUGAUUUUGGUAUAUGCCGACUACUAUGCAGCAUUCAUAUGGCUUCUUGACAACGCUGCACAAUUUGGUUUUGAUACUAAUUUAGUUCAGAAAGCUUGUUGUGGCGUGGGAGGAGAUUAUAACUUCGAUCGAAAGAGACGUUGUGGACAUCCAGACGUGCCAGUAUGUCAGAACCCAGAUCAACAAGUUUGCUGGGAUGGAGUUCAUUUGACACAGCAAGCUUACAAGAUGAUGGCAAUUUACCUCAUCGAUGACAUCUCUUCUAAACUUCAAUGCGAUGAGAAUCCAGAUUCUUGAGGCUAAUCCGUGACUUUGUUCAAUUUUUUAGCCAUAAGUUUUAUGGUAUAAGGAUUUUAUGAGGAGUUAUGCAAAGCAAGAAAUAAAAGAGAACAAAACUUGUAUCUCGGAAAGAUUAUAACUUGAGAUUAUUAGAAAACAAAGGGGCUUUCUCCCUUAACAGUAGCCAAAGACAACGUUGGCUGUUUGUAAAGAGUUUAUUAUUCAUGGGUAUAAAGGGUGAUUUAAUCU